AUGCGCACGAUAUUCCAGGUUUAUACGCAACUUGCGUGCAUACUCUCCCUUGUCAAUGAAAUUCAUGCGCAAACUUGGAAGACACAAGUGAAUACAACCAUGUGUAAUUGGAAUCAGUAUCGCGCAAUACAAUUUCAGCAGAGUAUCGUGUUCAACGGUGGCUCGCUUUGGUGGCAGAACGGAUACUCGGACGGUUCGCUCGGUAUUCCUGAAAAUAAUGAAAACAAGAACAGCCCGUUUUUGAGCUUCCCUCUGAGCACGCCAUUCGAUACCCAAACAACGAAUGUGACUGCACUAUUCUCGGCAAAGCCGAGGUCACGAAUCCAAUAUCAAAACUUUCGAAGCGGUGCCAUGUUUGGCAGUGAUGAAGAAAUACUUCUUUACGGCGGCGUGACCAGGGAAACCGACACUAAGAGCUCCAAUUCCGCCAAUCUUCUUGGAUAUAGAUCCGCGACUCAUCCGUCAGAGCUGAAUACGGGGUACUUCUUCAAUUCCACUCUGCCGAGUACCAUUAGUGAAUCUGUGACGAGCGGCAGCCAGGUCUCCGUGCCAAGUGAAAGCCUUGCAUUUUACUUCGGUGGAAUGAGAGGCAAAGACUGGGGUCAGAUCUCCUCCGACGAUGGCUCGGCAGAUACAGCAGCUACGACUUUGAUCAUGGUCAACAUGGGGAUAUCCGGUGACCAAAAGGUCUGGAAGAAUUUUUCGUUGCCAACAUCCGUCGUCAGCCGAGCUGAUUCCCAGAUGGUAUGGAUACCGGUUUCCGAGCGCGGAAUUCUGGCCGUGAUCGGAGGGGUCCUUAAUCCGCAAAACAUUUUCCCUACAGGCCUCUCUGUGUCUCAGGCGAAACAAAAUAAGGAGCGCGACCCGGAGUUCAUGCGACAAAUUUCGAUAUACGAUAUCGCACGGGAAAAAUGGUUUCUUCAAGGGACGACUGGAGAUAUUCCAUCCAAGGCCUACGCUGCGUUUUGCGCGGUCGUUGCUUCGGCCUCAGAUGGAAGCUCCCACAAUAUAUACAUCUACGGCGGUUACGACGGACAGGAUGCAUUGUCCACUCCUUACGAUGAUGUUUACAUUCUUUCCUUACCAUCCUUCGUGUGGACGAAGGCUUACACAGGCCGACCACAAUACGGCCGGAGUGGCCAUCAGUGCUUUCGCAUAUUACCCGACCGCAUGCUGAUAGUUGGUGGUCUCUACAAAGAUCCGUCGCUCUGCCUUCAGGAUGGUUUCGUACGAAUCUUUGACUUGAACACUCUGGCUUUCAACUCGUCAUAUUCGCCGUACAUUAACGAGGAUUAUCUCGUCCCUGAUCCGAUUAUCCGCCAAAUUGGAGGAUCAAACACGGGAAACGCAACGGCAAGCGCACCGAUACUCAAGGCCGACCCAGAGCUAGUGUCAAUAUUGAACACCAAGUACACGAAACCGAUACCGACGUGGUAUCCGUAUGCAGAAGGCAUGGCCACAUCGGUGCCGCUCUACUCACCCGCAAAAUCGUGGGUGGUCCCUCUUGCCGUGGGGCUGAUCGUCCCUAGUGCUGUUCUUAUGAUCGGCGUUGUGGAGAUUGACAGCACGCCAGUUGCCACCUCAUUGAAAACGCAAAUUCACAAAGUUCACGAGCUACCAGGUUCGCCUGCUAAUGACACCUCCGGCUACCCGCUAUCGAUUACUAGCACACCUCCUGAAAUGUAUGCUCGGCUCCACAGCUGA